AUGGGCGAGUCUUAUGGCAUAGACUCGAUCCAUCUCAACGUCGGCGACGGCGAGUGCACCACCAUCAUCAAGGCCGUCCUCGUCGACACCGGCCCAGCGAAAGCGUCACAGUUUGGCAGCCAAGUUCUCGCCAGCAGCUUCGCGUCCGUCGCCGCUCGUUAUGGCUGCGCUACCCUGCAAUUUGAUGCCAUAGUCCUCUCCGUCUGGCAUUCGGACUACUACGGUGGCCUCUUCGAAAUGCUCAAUGCUGAGAUCGGGGCCAAGAUUCAGGAGGGCCAGCAGUCGGACAGCUUUCGGGUGAGCUGGCUCAAGUACGACAAGCAGAAUAAACCGCUGUCUGUUCUGUACGCGCCGUGUGCGCCCCCUUCGCAUGUGCCUGAAAUGAAGCUGCAGACGCCAGGGAACCGCCUGACCUACGCAAUGCUGCGCCCAAGGGCAAGCCAGCCGGCAUUUGUCAGUGGCUUCUGCAACUUCGUCUGCAACAAGAGAGAGCUGCUUGGCCGUGACUUGCUCGCCAGCGGAACCCUGCCGAUCGACUUUCUCGCCCGUCCGGCGCCCUCUCCUUAUGACCUGCUGGCAAGGAAUCCGCCAGGUGCUAAUAUGCCGGGGCUGUACGUUGUCGUGGCUGGCGAUAUUGUCAUGGGAUCCGAGACCUCUGUAAGCCCAGAAGCGGACCCGUCUCUCGCGCUCCUGGUUAUGUGGAACAGCAAACCAGCCUGCAUCUCCUACUACGGCGGUGGUCAUGCCGAAGAUGUGGUACAGAACGGCCUAGUCGACUUGGUCACGGCUGCUCCUCCAAGCGCCGACGUUGAGGUCCUCUCCGUCACGUCGAUGAAGAUUGGCGGACGCAGCGGGAGCCCAGUCUCGGUUGCAGACACCGUGAAUAUCCUGGGCCUGCAGAGCCUGGUCAUGUUCAAUGGGAGCAAAUACAAUAACCCUCGCUGGGAGCUCAUCCUACUCCUGCACACCCUCUUGAUGUCCCAGCGACCAGAUGUUGCCACAUCCAAGCCAGCCGGUCCGACGGGGGCUUGUAGCUAUGUCGACUUUUCGGGAACGGGCCAGCUCUCAUUCGACACUUUUGUCCGCCCUGGCGGAGAGGACAGCGUCUUGUUUAGAAAGCUAGACGAGUUCUAUUACCGUGUGAACAAGCGUCAGGAGGCCCUCGGACAGCCGGGCCUGCUCAACGUGUACGAAGAGUACUGCCUAUGGGGCGAGGACAAGACCAGGCCCCGCACGGAGCACGAGUCCAGGGACUGGAUCAUCCAUCAUCCUACCCAGCCGCUGGUGCUGCCGUCUACGGGUAAUCUCUUGACCCUGUGGUCGCAAAGGGCAUGGUCGAGUACAUCUGCGUCGAGUCUCGGGAUGCCACCCAGGGCCGCCUCGGACGGUGCUGUGAGCAUAAAGUACCUCGGGAGCCACAACGUACAGACCUACCAGACCGCCGCUGGAGACAGGUCUGUGGCAACAAUCCGCUCCCUCCAAUUAGCCGUGAACUCGGCCUCUGUGUCAGCUCUGAGUGCUCCCUCGCCGCCAGAUCAAGCCAUGUUCAGCCAGUUUCCGAGCUGGAGCCGGGAGCGCGAGACCACCCUCGCCCAGACACGCUUCGACCACAGCAACGUCUUCUACAACCUCGAGACACUCCUUGAGCCGCCUGCCGAUGCCCUCGAGAUCCCGGCCGAAAAUAAUCCCCGCCUGGACCGGCUGGCUGCCUCGCGAGAGGCCAAGUCCAUCGACACGUCCACAUUUUCCGCGGUCCAGCGGGAAGUCUGCAUUGCCUCGACCCUUCUCAAACUGCAAGGCGGCGUCGUGGGUAUGCCUUCGAUCCUGAGUCCCGGCGACGCCGACGUGUUUGUCGGCUCGCUUCACAACACGCGCUUGGACCUGGCUGAGAAGCCCGUGGUCGUCGCGGCCCGCGAGACGCAGAAGUACUACGAGUUUGACAAGACGGACGAGCUGUACGGCUGGCUGAGCGCCUCCAUCGGUGCCACGUCUCUGAAGCUCGCGCCGAGCGCCACCAACAAGAUCGCCAACCUCGGGCUGAAGCUCUCCAACGGACUCGAGUUCUGCACCGAGCACAUCGGACACAUGUUUGACUCCAGCAGCCUUUCUACGAUCAGCAAGGAGAUGGGCGGUUUGGUCUGUCCCCAGAAAGUGUUGGUUCUCGCCCUGGAUCCAAAGUGCGACACCGGUCCUGUGCGGUUGGCUGAUCUCGUGUCUCUGUCUACCCUGCCUGUGGAUGUUCAGGACGCAGAGCUGAUGCAGCUCCUAGAUAUCCGUCUAACGCUCGAUGUCCAGCCAGGCAGUAGAAAUGCCGUCUGGUUUGACCCGGAGCGGAGCUAUCGGACCGUUCAGAGACUCCAGUAUCUCGGCGACGCAGAGAGCACGGCAACAAUGACCAAGUUUCUGGCUUCGCGCGUCCCCUGGAUGAGCGUCAAAGGGGUGAAGGUGGUUUCCAAGAGCGAAUGUCACUGGGUGGUCACCAGUAGAGGCCAGAGUGUGCUCAGGGAUGUGCAGACCGAUCUCGUUCUUGACUGCUCCUUGCGUCUCCCCGGCUCCGAGGCGGCUGCACCUGCGUCGUCUAGUCAGGGAGAUGUGCCUGUUUCUGUCGUCUUGCGUAUACGAAAAAACCUCGUCACCCUUGACAUGAGCCUCAAUAGUGGUGACCUACUCCCGAGACUGAUGCUAUGGCUUGAGGCUCAGGUUGGGAGUCUCGACUUGUCGGCCCUCUUGGAGGGGGAAAUGACCAAGAAGAUCCUCUUCAGGGCCCUGCUGAACAUCGACUCGGAUCGCUACAGCGUCAGUGGCGGCAUCACCGUCGGCGUCAACUAUACCAUCGAGGCCUUUUGGGUGUCGACCAACAUCAACGCGCAGCUCGGCGCCCAGAUAUGCCUCGGGGGCCAGCCAUUUGGCGGCAGGGCCCGCGUCGAAUUCUGGGUCCUUGCCUUUGACAUUGCCUUUGGCAACACCUCCCAGAUCCCCGAGUCCGCAGCGCAGCGCAGCAUCAACUUCAACGCGACCUCGGGCCUGCUCGCCCCCGCCUCGAUAUCUGAAGCGGCCGACAAGGAGGAGCAGCCCAAGGAAGACCAGAGAGAGAAGCGGUGGAACGUCCUCAGUGGCCUCUUCACCUUUUCCGUCGGGUGCUCAUUUCCUAUCAGCUCUCUCUUCGUCGACGGCCGGAUCGUGCAGGUCAUCAACGAGACGCCACUUUUCGCGAAGCCCAUGAAACGCGCCGACCCCAUCUCGUCUGAGCUUCAUGUCAGGGUGUUCAAGAAGAGCUUCCGAGGAUCUGAUGGCAACCUAGACCCUGCGUACGAAAAGGUUGCCUGGAAUGUGGUGUCUACGACAAAGGCUAUGCCCAAAGGAUAUUGGGAUAAGUACGAUUCAUCAAAAGAUCCUGCAGUGUCUGGGAACAAUAUGACGGUGCUGACCGAAGGGGGCAACAACACAAUAAAACUUAGGUCUGACCUAGUGUUGACCCCGCCGCCACCUCAGGUCUCUGCCGACAAGCUGGCCCCGAUCAAGGCCGGCGAGCUGCAGAAGGAGGACGCUCUCGACGCCGGCAACCUGUGCUGUUCCCCGAAGCUCGAGGUGGCCGACUCCAAAUUCGCUCCAGUAAGCAUGGGCACCUCAGCGGAGCAUUAUGAGGCUGUUGCCAACACCUGGGCAACUCCGCGCCUUGCUGUCCCAGAUCUUCUUGAUUUCUGGGCAAAGAGCCUUUUCUGGACCUCCAAGUCGGACGAUCACAGUACUCGCCAGCUGUUGGACACGUCAGUACCGAAGAUGUAUAUCGAGAAACGAGACCGGCUGUGGAUGAGCACACCAUCCCACAUUGCCGCCGUAUAG